UUCCUUAAUGACUCUACAAGUGUUUCUCCUUUGACGGUUGACAAAGUAAAGAGAUUGGACAGUGAACAACUUAACAAAUAUUUGAAAUGGAGACUGAAGGAUACUAAGAAUAAUAAUAAACAUGCAAAUAUUAUCACAGUAGAUCAAGAAGUUGAUGGUUCAAAUUUUCUUGAUUUUACCGCAGAAAAUUUUGAAAGGUGGAAAAUACCGAGUGGACCAGCUAAAGAUAUCGAAAAGGUGAUUAAUGAAUUAAAGGAGAUCUGCAAUAAUAUCGAAUAA